AUGAAAGUAUCGAACAAGUCGAAUGUGCAAUUUGUCGUCGACGGAUCUUGUGUUUUGAUGAAAGGCAAGUGCAAGACUUUCCCAUGUUCCAGAGAUGGAUGGAGAUGCGCAUCUUGUGUGCAGAGCAUGGAAGCAGCAUACAAGCAAAUAAUCCAAGACAAGAUUCUUGUGAGUCUUGCCUCAACUUUCCCUGAGAAUUCAUUAGAACAUGUUCAGCAUUACGACAGUGGAGCUUCUGAGAUAGAAGAGAAGAAUCUUCAGCUUUGCGAGCUUCAGAAGGUGAUUGAGAUCGCCAACAGUCAGAUACCGCUCUUGCAGGAUCAAACCUUUGAGGCCACUCGGAGAGCUGACAACUACAAGUCUGAGAUGGACAGCAUGGCGAUCAAAAUCAAGGAGCUCGAGCAGAAGCUUGAAUUGCAAGGAGCUGAAAGCAAGAUCAGCGAACUAACAGAAGAGCUUACAAGCGUUCGACACGAGUUGAUAAAGCAGAAGACAAUAACAGCAGAGUCAAAGAAACAGCAGAAGGUGUCUUGUAUCAGAUUGAAGGCGCUGGCAUUAGAAGUGAUUAGCAAGGAAACGUCAUCGCUCGACUUGAGAAAUAAGGUCGAAGAGCUCAACAAGCUGCUCCUCGAAACGAUCGAACAGCAACAGGGGCUUCAGAAGCACAACGAGUCGCUCUCAAACACAGUAGACCAGCUCUCAAAAGCGUUGGAGUUGGCGGUUGACACGGAUCAGGACAUGAAGCAAGCGCGAGAGCAGCUGCUGGUUGAGAAUGAGCAGCUCAAAGAAGAGAUCAUGCAGAUGAAAACUCGCUUGAGCUUGCGCAACAAUGAGAAACAACUGUUCAAGGUAGCCGAAGGGGGGAUGGCGUGGAGGACGAUGGGGGAGAGAAAGGCCGGAGGAAAGACAUGA